AGACGUACUGGUGCAAAUACAAGCUUCCUCCAACACUUCCUCUAUCUACUCAGAGCAACAGUGAUGCAGAUCACUUCCUCAAGCUCAUUUUGAACGCUGUAACUUCAUACAUUUAAAUUGUGCACCCGUUACAUUUGUCCAGACUGGCAGUGAAAGAGUAAACCUGCUGUGCGCCUGCAUGCUAGAAGAGGACAAGACAAGUCUUGUCUUCUGUCCUGCGACGUCUUAUAAGGGUCUCUACAGUCCCAAGAGGUGUUAACAUUGUGCACAACGCUGCAAACCAUUAAAAUGAGGAGACGGGACAUGCCCCUUUGUAAGCAGCAGUCUACACCCUGCUUUGGGAAAGAAAUGCCACGGCUUUUCCCAAGAAUGUCAAUGAAUGAUGUGGAUGAGAAGGUACGUCUGCUAGCAGAGAAGGUGUAUGCCUCUGCCCUGAAAGAGGAAGACAACAAGGAUGCUCUGGCACUGUUUACCGUCCCAGAGGACUGUCCUAUCGGUCUGCAUGAGGACAGGGAGCGGGCGCUGCAGAAGGAGCUGGCUGAGCAGCAUUCUCAGGAGUCUGCUAAGAAGAAGAAGAAUUUCAUGUUGAAGCGUUCACAGUCGGUAUCUUUGCAGAUACCUGUCAGUGGUGACUGGGCCCUGUCCGUGGUUUCCCCAAUGCUCUCCCCAACCACACCUGAACCUUGUCACACAGAGAGCUUUCCAGACUUCCAGAGAGUAACCAUCAGUGGAGAUUACUGUGCAGGGAUCACAGUUGAGGAUUAUGAGCAGGCAGCCCAGAGUCUCCUUAGGGCGCUGUUCAUCAGGGAAAAAUACUCCAGACUGGCCUACCAUCACUUCCCCAGGACCACGUCACGGUUCCUUCGCAACGCUGAAAAUGAGAAGUGGCACGAGGAGGAUGAGGUCUUGCCAGACAUCUGGCCUUUCCCUGACGAAGGGGAGGACCCAUACUCCAUGGAGGGUAUUCCUGAGGACCUGAACUACAAACUACAGAUGAGGGAUGGCAUAGUUAAUGUUUACGACAAUGGAGAGGCCCUGAAACAACAGCAGCCUCGCAGCCUCCCUUACCCCGAUCUUGAGACCUUUGCCAUAGACCUGAGCCAUGUCCUCGCAAUGAUAAUUGACGGCCCAACGAAAACCUACUGUCACAGACGGUUGAACUUCUUGGCCUCUAAAUUCUACCUUCAUGAAAUGAUGAAUGAAAUGGCAGAGCUGAAAGAGCUGAAAUGCGUUCCACACAGAGACUUCUACAACGUCAGAAAGGUGGACACACAUAUACACGCUGCUGCUUGCAUGAACCAGAAGCAUCUGCUGAAAUUUAUAAAGACCACAUACCAGACAGAGGCAGAUCGCGUGGUCUUGGAGAAAGGCAGUAAUAAGAUCACACUCAAGGAAGUCUUCAACAACCUUAACAUGGACCCCUACGACCUCACCGUAGACUCUCUGGACGUGCACGCUGGAAGACAAACAUUUCAUCGGUUUGACAAGUUCAACUCCAAAUACAACCCUGUGGGAGCCAGCGAACUGCGAGAGAUUUACUUGAAAUCCGACAACUACAUCAAAGGAGAAUACUUUGCACGACUCAUCAAGGAAGUGGCCAAAGAUCUGGAGGAGAGUAAGUACCAGCACGCUGAGCCCCGUCUGUCGAUUUACGGCCGCUCUGCCAGCGAGUGGGAGAGCCUUGCAACCUGGUUCAUCCAGCAUAAGAUCCACUCACCCAACAUGAGAUGGAUGAUCCAAGUUCCCAGGAUCUAUGACAUUUUCAGGUCGAAGAAAUUAGUACCACACUACGCCAAGAUGCUGGAGAACAUUUUCCUCCCCCUCUUUGAGGCUACAGUCAAUCCGCAAAAGCACAAAGCAAUACACGUAUUCUUAAAAUACGUCACAGGAUUUGACAGCGUGGAUGACGAGUCCAAACACAGCGACCACAUGUUCUCUUACAAAAGCCCAAAGCCAGAGGCGUGGACCACUGAUGACAACCCUCCCUACACCUACUACCUGUUCUACAUGUAUGCCAACAUCAUGGUGCUCAACAACCUGCGCAAGGAGCGAGGACUGAACACCUUCCAGUUUCGUCCCCAUUGUGGCGAGGCCGGCUCCAUCACCCACCUGGUUUCCGCCUUCCUCACAGCGGACAACAUCUCUCAUGGACUCAACCUCAAGAAGAGUCCAGUGUUGCAGUACCUGUACUACCUGGCCCAGGUCCCGAUCGCCAUGUCCCCACUGAGCAACAACAGCCUGUUCCUGCAGUACUCCAAGAACCCUCUACGAGAGUUCCUACAGAAAGGCCUGUGUGUGUCGUUGUCCACCGACGAUCCCUUGCAGUUCCACUACACCAAGGAGGCCUUGAUGGAGGAGUAUGCCAUCGCAGCCCAGCUGUGGAAGCUGAGCACAUGUGAUUUGUGUGAGAUAGCCAGAAACAGUGUGCUGCAGAGCGGACUCUCACAUCAGGAGAAGAAACACUGCAUUGGAGCCAACUACCUACAGGAAGGACCGGAGGGCAACGACAUACGGCGGACAAAUGUGGCGCAAAUCCGCAUGGCCUACCGCCAUGAGACACUGUGCAACGAGCUCAGUUUUCUUGUGGAUGCAGUUAAGACGGAUGUAGGCACUAGCUCAACCGAGUGAUUGACUAUGGCAGCACAAACUGUGCCUGACUAUGUCCUCAGGGAUGAAGGGGCAUAGGUUGACGGCACAUGCUUUUUUUUUUUUUUUUUUAAACAUAUUCUUAGAAAACUUCAUGACCCAGAUUUGAAAAAAGGGGGUUCUUACUAUUUUGUGUUGACCUUGGUGCAGAAAUCUGGCAUGGCCUACUUCAUAUAGCAUGAUAAAAACUAGAUUUUUAGACCGUAUUAAAUGCUGUAUCUAUGAACUUUGCCAAUCAUUGUGUGCCUACUUUUAAUGGGAUUGAGGUUUAUUUUCUUUUGAAGGGUGUGAAGUGUACUUGUAUUGUGUACUCAAGUAUUGUCUCUGUAAAAGAGUUUCUUAUAUUGCAAAGUUGGCGCUGCUUGGUGAUUUUUUUUCUGUCACUUACAUAUAUGAAUGUUACAAAGGCUUUUAUCUGGACUAUAGGUCCAGGUGAAAUGAAGUGCAGAAAAAAGAAAAAAAUACUAAUUUAAGGCUAUGGUCAGAUUUGCCUUUUCACACUUAAUUCAAUCAAUUGCAUGAUUUUGUCAGAAGUGAAUGAAAGGCCAGGCAAAUAUUCACAAAGACAGAUGCAAGAGUGACAGAGCAUUAAAACUAGUUUUGUGGGAGCUUUGUGGUGAAGUCAGUAUCACAAACCCCUGUUAUACUCGCAACUGUGAAGAGACUAACUGAUUAGAAUUAUUUUCUUUUUUAUAUUUGUAAUUUCAUAGUUUUUCAUAUGCAAAUAAAGACUGCAGAACGGUCAA